CGAGCUCAGCAGCGAGCCUGCUGCUUUCUGAAGAGAUUUCAUGUGAGGAGGGGAGAAAAAAAACAAACCUCGAGCCUCAUCUACCGCUCAUCCUCUGUUGCUUUGAUGUCUUUCAUUAUUUCUUUUAAUUUGUUUCCUCUCUACAUGGAGAGAGAGAGAUUUUUUUAACGAUUGGAGAGAAGUGGAGCUUCCACGGGGGCUGUGAGUGUGACAAAAGAUUUUUUUUUAGGAUGCAGGACUUGUGCUGCUCGUUUGGUUCCUCUCUUUUGACUUAAAUGCCAACACGGUGAAUGCGUCGGACAGAGUGGAGGAGGCUGCAGCUGGAGGUCCGCAUCCAAAAAGUCAGCAUCUUCUUCAUUUGAUUCCUUUUUUUCCCCCCUUUUGUCCUCUUCUUCUUCUUACUCCCAAACCUCUGGAGCGACUUCACAAAGAUGUAACCACCGAGCCACCUUGUGCAGCUGAAGUCCCCCCCUCCCCCCCCUCCCACACCAUCAAAAUGCAGAAGGGAAUACGGCUCAAUGAUGGUCAUGUCACCUACCUGGGGCUUUUGGCGAAAAAGGAUGGUACAAGACGCGGCUGCCUGAGCAAGAAGAGCUCAGACAACACGAAAUGGCACACAAAGUGGUUCGCUCUGUUACAGAAUAUGCUCUUUUACUUCGAGAACGAGUCCAGCUCUCGACCCUCGGGAUUAUACCUGUUGGAGGGAUGCAUAUGCGACAGAGCGCCUUCUCCCAAACCUUCACUGUCAGCAAAGGAGUGUUUGGAGAAGCAGUACUAUUUCACAGUAAACUUCACCCACGAGAACCAGAAGGCGCUUGAGUUACGCACAGAGGACGUGAAGGACUGCGAUGAAUGGGUGGCUGCAAUAUCACACGCCAGUUACAGGAACUUGGCCACCGAGCAUGAAACUCUCAUGCAGAAGUAUCUUCAUCUGCUUCAGAUUGUGGAGACAGAGAAAACAGUUGCUAAGCAACUUCGACAACAGAUAGAGGACGGGGAGAUCGAGAUUGAGAGGCUCAAGUCGGAGAUCGCCGGGCUGCUCAAAGACAACGAAAAGAUCCACGCCAGCCCGACGGCCGCCCCCACCGACGAUGAUUCAGAAAUCAAGAAGAUCAAAAAAGUCCAGAGCUUCCUGCGAGGCUGGAUCUGCAGGAGGAAGUGGAAGACCAUCAUCCAGGACUACAUCCGCUCGCCACACGCGGAGAGCAUGAGGAAGAGGAACCAGGUGGUGUUCAGCAUGUUGGACUCGGAGGCUGAGUACGUCCAGCAGCUUCACAUCCUGGUCAACAACUUCCUCAGGCCGCUCCGAAUGGCGGCCAGCUCCAAGAAACCACCCAUCACCCAUGAUGACGUCAGCAGCAUUUUCCUCAACAGUGAAACCAUCAUGUUUCUACAUCAGAUAUUUUACCAAGGUCUAAAAGCCAGAAUAGCGAGCUGGCCGACCUUAGUGCUUGCCGACUUGUUCGACAUCCUGCUGCCGAUGCUGAACAUCUACCAGGAGUUUGUGAGGAACCACCAGUACAGCCUGCAGAUCCUGGCUCACUGCAAGCAGAACCGAGACUUUGACAAGCUGCUCAAACAGUACGAGGCCAAGCCCGACUGUGAGGAGAGGACUCUGGAGACCUUCCUCACCUACCCCAUGUUCCAGAUUCCUCGCUACAUUCUGACACUCCACGAACUUCUGGCCCACACGCCCCACGAACAUGUCGAGCGAAACAGUCUGGACUACGCAAAAUCAAAGCUGGAGGAGCUUUCCAGAAUCAUGCACGACGAGGUGAGCGAGACCGAGAACAUCAGAAAGAACCUGGCGAUAGAGCGCAUGAUCGUGGAAGGCUGUGAGAUUCUCCUCGACACCAGCCAGACGUUUGUAAGACAAGGGUCUCUUAUCCAGGUGCCGAUGAGCGAGAAGGGCAAGAUCACCCGUGGGCGACUGGGCUCUCUGUCUCUGAAGAAGGAGGGGGAGAGGCAGUGCUUUCUCUUCUCCAAGCAUUUAAUCAUCUGCACCAGGGGUUCUGGGGGAAAGCUUCAUCUCACCAAGAAUGGAGUGGUCUCGCUCAUAGACUGCACUCUGAUGGAGGAUCCCGAGGGGACGGAUGAUGAGUCCAAAUCAGACAAGAGCGGCCAGGACAUGGAGCACCUGGACUUCAAGAUUGUUGUGGAGCCGAAGGACAGCCAGUCCUUCACCGUCAUCCUGGUGGCCUCCUCCAGGCAGGAGAAGUCUGCAUGGACCAGUGACAUCAGCCAGUGUAUAGACAACAUCCGAUGCAAUGGGUUGAUGAUGAACGCCUUUGAGGACAACUCCAAAGUCACAGUCCCACAGAUGAUCAAGUCAGAUUCCAGUCUGUACUGCGACGAUGUCGACAUCCGCUUCAGCAAGAUGAUGAACUCCUGCAAGGUGCUGCAGAUCCGCUACGCCAGCGUGGAGCGGCUGCUGGAGAGGCUGACCGACCUCCGCUUCCUCUCCAUCGACUUCCUCAACACCUUCCUGCACUCAUACCGCGUGUUCACCACGGCUGACGUGGUGCUAGACAAACUCAUCACCAUCUACAAGAAGCCUAUCAGCGCCAUCCCUGCUCGGUCCCUUGAGUUGUUCUUUGCCAGCAGUCAGAACAGUAAACUCUUGUAUGGGGAGCCUCCCAGCUCCCCCAGGGCCAGCAGGAAGUUCUCCUCCCCUCCCCCUCUCGCCAUGACCAAGAACUCGUCCCCAAACCGCCGGCGCAAGCUCUCCCUCAACAUCCCCAUCAUCACCGGGGGCAAAGCUCUUGACCUGGCGGCCCUCAGCUGCUCCUCAAAUGGCUAUGCAAGCAUGUACACGACCAUGUCGCCGUUCAGCAAGACCACGCUGGACAUCAAUAAACUGUACGUGUCCAGCCCUGUCGCAAGCAAAAUCCCAGAUGAGGGGGAGGACAAGAAAGACAAGGUGGAAGAUACCUCAGUGGCCAAACAAGAUCUCUCAGUGCGAGAGGAAAGUGACAACGAUCCAAACCAGAGUGACGAUGGGGAAGCAGAGGCCUCGCCCAUCAAGUCGCCAACCACCCCAAAGAACGUCAAAUGCAAAAACUCCUCAGAGUUCUCUCUCUUUUCCUACAAUAACGGCAUGGUGAUGUCCACGUGUCGAGAGCUGGACAACAACCGCAGUGCCCUGUCCGCCGCCUCCGCCUUCGCCAUCGCUACAGCUGGAGCCAACGAGGGAACGCCAACCAAGGAGAAGUAUCGGCGGAUGUCCCUCGCCAGCACUGGUUUUCCCACCGAUCAGAGAAAUGGAGACAAAGAGUUUGUGAUCAGAAGAGCAGCGACCAACAGAGUUCUGAACGUCCUGAGACACUGGGUGUCCAAACACUCUCCGGACUUUGAGAGCAACAACGAGCUGAAGACAAAGGUCAUCGUAUUCCUGGAGGAAGUGAUGCAUGACCCCGAGCUGUUGACCCAGGAGAGGAAAGCAGCGGCCAACAUCAUCAGGACUCUAACUCAGGAAGAUCACGGCGACAGUCAGAUCACCCUUGAAGACGUGACACAGCUGGUGGAUGGAGGGACGGCGGAGCCCUUUGAGAGUCACUCUGCGUUAGAGAUCGCAGAGCAGCUGACUCUGCUCGACCACCUGGUGUUUAAGGUCAUCCCGUACGAGGAAUUCUUCGGACAAGGGUGGAUGAAAAACGACAAAAACGAGAAGACGCCGUUCAUCAUGAGAACGACUAAGCAUUUCAACGAUAUAAGUAACCUUAUUGCCACAGAGAUCCUGCACUGUGAGGACGUGGUGUCGAGAGUGGCGGUCAUAGAGAAAUGGGUGGCAGUGGCUGACAUCUGCCGCUGUCUCCAUAACUACAACGCUGUGCUGGAGAUCACGUCUUCCCUCAACCGCAGCUCUGUGUUUCGCCUCAAGAAGACCUGGCUCAAGGUUUCCAAGCAGACAAAAGCACUGACUGACAAGCUCCAGAAGCUGGUCUCAUCAGAGGGGAGGUUCAAAAACCUGAGAGAGGCUUUGAAGAACUGUGAUCCGCCCUGUGUGCCCUAUCUGGGGAUGUACCUCACCGACCUGGCUUUCAUCGAGGAGGGGACGCCAAACUACACCGAAGACAACUUGGUCAACUUCUCGAAGAUGAGGAUGAUUUCUCACAUCAUAAGAGAAAUCAGACAGUUUCAGCAAACGGCGUACAAGAUUGACCUGCAACCAAAGGUAGCCCAGUAUCUACUGGAUAGGAGCUCUGCUCUGGAUGAAGAAAGCAUGUACGAGGCCUCGCUCAGAAUUGAGCCUAAAGUGCCCAACUGACGGGGGGACGGUGGUCGUUCAUGUUAUUAUUUCCUCUGUUGAUAUUACACAUCAGUUAACACACACACACACACACAUCCACUUUUAUAUAGUUGUACAUGUUUAUGAUAUUUGCUCUUCUGUACAGUUGAUGUUUAAGGCGUUUAAAGACUCAAAACACUUUCAGUGUAUAUUUUGUUUUGUUUGUUUGUCACCACCUGCUUUAAGAUUUCACGAGCACACUAUUAUUUGGGGGUCAUUUUUAAAAGCAUAAUAACAGAGGUCACUUUGUUUGCACGGGGCUGCAACGUCCUUGUGACCAAUGACAUUAUUUUGCAUCGUUUCAUUCUGUGUCGGUUUUUGCACUUCUUCUGAGCACUCGUGUUGCCGGGCCAUCAUUUUGUUUUAUUCUAAGUUUUAUUGACUAUUCUCUGCAACCAAUGUAGCAAUGUAAAAAUGUAAUCGCAUCAAAUCAGGUAAAAAGAGCACAGAGAAUAUAAUUGUAUUUAAAACUGUGGAGCAAUGACGAUUGGCGAUGACAGUGAGGUAUCUAAAGCAUCGGUCUCUGUGCUUCCCAAACCAAAAUGAGAGGGAUUUUUUGUUUCCUUUGUUUCCUUUUUUUCUUUUGGAGACAGGGGUUCCCAACCACAUUUGAGGAGAAGUUAUUGUUUUAUGGAUAGUGCCAAAGUGUACCAGCUCAGUGAGACCCAUAUCAGGGAUACAAUUAAACGGAUAACAAAGCUCAAGGUGCUGACGCUAGCCUGGUUACCUCACAUACUGCAAAACAAAAAAAGACUGAAAGUCUAGAAAACUGCGCCAGCUGCUCUUUGAGGCUGUACUUUACGUAGCCACAGCAAUAGUUUGAGCUAAAUGCUAACUGUCAGUGUAGCGACAAGGUCGCACUGACCGUGCUAACAUGCAUCAUGUUUACCAGGUAUGUUAGCUUAGCAACUCACUUUACAUGCUAGCAUUUGCUAUUUAGCAAUAAAUACAGUAUAAAUAUACACGAGUACAUGGUGGAGGCUGGUACAAUUGUCAUUAGAUUAGCAUGUAUCUUUAAAUGAUGGGAGAAAGUGUUGAGUUGGUGAAAAGUCGGGGAAUUUGAAGCAAAAGUCAGCUUUCAACUUUUUGAAGCAAAAAUUGGGGAAUUAUUUAAGUAACUUUCAACUUUUUGAAGGAAAAGUCAGGAAGAAAGAAAAUAAUUACGUUCACAUAAGAUGAAAAUAAGAUAUUUUAGCAAGAUAGAUUCCACCUGAUUGUGAUAUACACAUAUAACACAUAACAAAAACUAAAUGAUAUAAUUUUAACAUGCUUGUUAAAAUGCUAAAUGUUUACAUAACAUACUGUUUUAACACGUUUUAUGUGAUAACUUAUGUGAGCAAAUGUGUACUGAGAACAGAUAUAUUUAGGUAAUUUUCAUGAUAUAGUUAAGUUAUACUUAAUUCAGGGAUAUCCAUAUUUUUGGCCAGCUGGUAAAGUAUAUAUAUCCGGGGGGGGACAAAAUUAUUGAGCAUACCAACACCAUACACUUCACGUUUUAGUAAGUUAAUGAUCAUGUUAUAGCAUGAGAAUGUUAAAUUGAGAUUUUUUAUCAUAUUUUAAUGUCAAAAUGGGAUAACGUUGUAUGUCAUAAUAACGUGAAAAUAUCUGGUCAUGGAAACAUCUUGUUAAAAUGUGAAGUUACAAAGCUUCAUAAAUAAAAACAAGUGGGAAAUAACAUAAAAUAAAUGGAAUAAGUAUAUUAAACCAUGGCAUGUCUAUGCAUAACAAUAAAAACAAGACACUUCUGUAGUAAUAUGUUAGGGAGAGAAAAAAAAAGUUGGGUACAUAAUAGGAUAAUAAAGAUUGUUGAAAUAAUCAGUUCAUAUCAAACUGCUGCCCAGUGUAAAAUGUCUUGAGUGCCAAUGAUGGUCCACAGUCCUGGGGUUGGGAACCUCUGCUCUCUCUGACACACGUUUCCAUCAACAAAAGCAAAAUUUAAUACUCUUGCUGUGUAGCCUGUUUUCAAAUGAGGUGCCAAGAUUCAACUCGGUUCACGCUGCGUGACAGCAGAUGGUUUAAAGUUCAACGGUACGAUAUGGUGACUUCUCCCCUUUGUUUCCCAGGUUUCUAUUUCAUUUCUCACACACAACGGUAAAUGUUGUACCUUUCAGGCUCGGCGAUACUUCUUCUGUAGAGUAAAAAAAAAAAGGUUGUUGGUUGCUCUUCUGUAAUUAAAAGACAAUCUGUUCUUUAUGCUGUUCCAGUGAUUGUGGAACGUGACUGUAUAUCACUCUGUUAUAUGCAUUGCUGUUUAAAAACUAUGAUAAAACCUAUGUGAAAGGCCUCUGCCUGCAGCAUUUAAACACUAUUUUUGUAGUAGUAUAAGAAAGAGAGAGAGAGAGAGAGAAACCUGCUCUUUAUAUGUACAUGGGAAAGUAUUUUGUACUUUGUUGUUAACUCACCUCACGGAGAUGUGCUAUACAUUUUUUGUAUGCACUGCCCUGCAUAUUCCUCAGUGUGGAACAGUGUAAUCCUUUCUUUCAAGAAAAAAAAAAACAAGUUGUGUCUCAAGCUCGAACAGGAAAAUGCUACAACAGUGUGUGGUCUUGAAACCAUGGUUUAGAGGUAGGAGGCAACUUUGGAGUGUUUUGCAUUUAUACUGUAAUCCUGUCUAUAACCAUUUCUGUUAGCAGGAAUAUAGUAACGUAGUGCUUAUUCUGUGAAUAUUUGUAUUUUUACUAUGUAUGUACAGUUCACUUUUAAAGCUCUUGUGGCAGGCAUGCAACACCCUCACAGACCCGAAAAAUACUAUAUAUACUUAUGCUGUAUACACUUAUACAUGCACAUACUCUUAUAAAGGUGAAUAAACAUUUUUGCUGUUAGCAAUACCCAGUGGUAUGAAAAUUAUCUUUCAACCCUCAUGUCCCCACACACAUAUAUUCAGUUUUGUAAGGGAAAAAAUAAUAAUAUAUAAAACAGAAAAAAAAAGGUUUGAUAAUGACAAAUAACUAAUAAUAAAAAACAUAUGUUUCCCAUUUACCUCUUGCUAAUAAAUCCAUUUUAUCUCAGGGGCA